UCUGGCAGCUCUAGGUCCCAGAUACUGCAAGUGCGUUUGCGUCGCGGUCGUCGUUCUUGUGUUGUGGGACCGAGCCGGAUGGCCUAGAUUCAGCCGGUUGCCAUCUUUCUGUGUGCGCGGGCCCGCGCGUGCAAAGAACGACACGACGCAGAACAAACCCGAAAGCCAACGGGACUCGCACCGCCUCCUCCUUCCAGCGCUCGCUCACGCGGGAUGGGAACCCCGGUAAAAGAAAGUAGUGAACCACCAUCACACACAAGCACGCACAUACCUACACAAGCACUCGAUCGAACACACGAUCGAACCAGAACCAGCAUGACUCGUCUUUUAAAUGCUUGCGCUUGGUGCUGUGCGUUGUUGCCUUUAUUUUUUUUUUUGUUAAAUGAUGUUUUCUUCCUCUACAAAACUCGCUCAUACUCAUCUCUCCCCCCCCCCCUCCCCCACCCUUACCCUGUCCUACCCAGACCCCUUUUCCAGAUGGGAGGGAUCGGACCUUAUAAGGCCAGUACGCGGUCACUGGUGGCAGACAGUUUGCGUCUUCAGUCUCUGGUGGUCGAAGCCUUCCCGGGGGUUAGACCGUCACAACCGUUAGCAGAGCAAGAAGCGACCUCUUCAUUUACAAUUAGUGUGUUAUAUUUUUUUAACGCAAAACCCGUCAGCGUGUGUGUGCUCCUGAAGAAGUUGUUUGUGGGUGAAGUUAUAUAGACAUUAAUAUGAACCCAACAUACUCCAACCGAAUAUCGGUUGGCCUUUUGAUUUUGGUCCUGCUGCAAUGCUACACCGCCGGACACACACUGCCGAAGGUUGGCAGCGUUAAGGAGCAAGCCGAUCAGCCAGCGACCCGGAUCGACGCUACCGCAACAUCUCAACCGGUCAAAUACGAUGGUGCCCAGCUGUGGCGCAUCGCUUACGACGAUCAACCGAAGAAGAAUGCCGUCGCUGAGCUGCAGGAUCGAUUCGAUGCCUCCAUGUGGAACUAUAAUGCCACCUCGGUGGAUAUCUUUGUCCGUGGACAGCAGAUCAUGAAGGCGGAAUGUUUCCUCCGGGCGGCCAACAUCCCGUACGAGGUGGUCAUCGAGGAUAUGCAGCGUGCAAUCGAUACCGAGAAUCCAUCGCUCGAGGAAACGGAGUUGUGGGAAAACCGGAACGGGCACCGCAUGACGUGGACGGCGUACCACCGCCUAGCGGACAUCUACGACUGGAUGGAUUAUGUCGCCCAAACCUACCCGGACCUUUGCAGCACCAAGUCGAUCGGCAAGAGUGUGCAGGGUCGCGAGCUGAAGGUGUUGCGCAUCUCCAACGGCAAUCCGUCCAACAAAGCGAUCUGGAUGGACGGUGGUAUACAUGCGCGGGAAUGGAUCAGCCCGGCCACCGUUACGUACAUCGCGAACGAGCUGGUCGAGGACUGGGACAAUCAGCCGGCCCAUCUGCGAAACGUCGACUGGUACAUACUGCCGGUGCACAAUCCGGACGGGUACGAACAUUCGCACCAGUACGAUCGGUUGUGGCGCAAAAACCGGGGCGGCCUACAGUAUGGGCCGUGUGCCGGCGUCGAUCUGAACCGUAACUACGGAUAUAAAUGGGGCGGCCAGGGUACGUCGAAGCAACCGUGUUCGGAAAUAUUUGCCGGUUCGGGCCCAUUCUCCGAGCCGGAAACGAAAGCGGUGAGCGAGUUUAUGCAGUCGUCGGCUGCCAAUUGGCAAGGGUUCCUAACGUUCCACAGCUACGGCCAGUACAUCCUGUACCCGUGGGGAUACGAUCGUGUUGUACCGCCGGAUCAUGCCGAUCUGAAGCGGGUCGGUGAUGCUGCCGCGGAGCAAAUACAGCAAGGAAGUGGUUCGCGAUACACGGUGGGACCGUCCGGUAGCACACUCUACCCGGCGGCAGGCGGUUCCGACGAUUGGGCACGCGGUGCACUCAACAUAAAGUACGCGUACACGGUCGAGCUGCGCGAUACCGGCCGGUACGGGUUCGUGCUGCCCGCGAACCAAAUCAAACCGACCGGCGACGAAGCCGUUCAGUUUGUCGACGUUAUUGCACAGGAAGUGGCCAAACUGUAACCGGGCGUGGCUGUGUGCCGUUCACACGCGCUACAAACCCGCACACACA